GUUGUCUGCCAUCUGCUCCAGGACCAUGUCGUGAGGAAAUGGAGAAACCGAGUGUAGCAUCAGACGGGAGAGCAACUUGGAAAGGGGUAUAUAGAAGAUGGAAAUCCCCAUUUGGAGUCCUGAUUUGAUGGACCAGGCCAGCCAUUUCGACUCUUGACCGAAGUAGAGAGAAAAUUGCCCAUCAGAAUGUCUAUCCGGAAGAGCCUCGCUGCCACAGGGUUGGCUCUGCUGAUGGCAACUACCACUCCAGUAGUGAAUGGUAGUCCUAUCGAGCAUCUUUUACACCUAGUGACUCGAGAUCCUCCACAGGCGCUACCGGAGAAGGCUACGGCCAACGACAAGAAAUGGCAACCUGCAAUGGACUUCGAUACCGAUGGGUGCUAUAACACGCCGGCCAUCGAUGCGAACGGCAACAUAAAUCCAGGCCUCGACCAUGAAAACACUGGUUUGUCCUCGGGCUGCCAUGACCCCUCAGACCUCGCCAACAACAAUGUGUACUCCCGGGCGCGGUGCAAUAAUGGCUGGUGCGCAUAUCUAUACGACUAUUACUUCGAGAAGGACGUUGCCCUCGCCAACUUCCCCCUCGACCCGGGACACCGCAACGACUGGGAGCACGUCGUCGUCUUCGUCCAGAACGACGAGGCCAAAGUAGUAGCAGUAUCGCAACACGGUGACUACCAAGUCAAGAGCGCCAGCGACGUCCGAUGGGACGGCACGCAUCCUAAAGUCGUGUACAACAAGGACGGGGUCGGCACGCACGACUUCCGAUUCGCGAAUGAGGACGACGAUAACAUCGAAAACGACACUGGAAAAUGGUUCUACGGCGCGUUGAUCUCAUACAAUGGAUUCCCGAGCACCGCGCUUCGAGACAAGCUUGUAGCGUACGAUUUCGGCAGCGCUAGCAUUGCGUUCAAGGACUCGAGUUUCCCGGGCCAACUGGAAAAGGCUCGAGGCGAUCUAGUAUCGGGAUUUGAUAGCAAUGUAGAUGACGGUUCUCCUGGAAACCCGUAGAUGGUCAGGAUUCGCAUUGUACAAGAAGUUAUAUAAAAUUAUU